GCGAGAGAAAACCGGGCGGCCAGUCGCAUUCAGAAGUCACAGGACCCCGGUAAGGUCGCGCGCGAGCAGAAGUCGCCACGGGAAGUGGAGCAGGAGCGACAGUGGAAGCAGAUCCAGCAUGUUCGUCAACAGCAGCAGCAGCAGCAACAACAACAGCAGCAGCAGUCUCAGCAACAGCAACAGCUGCCACCACAGCAGCAACAGCAGCAGGGACAACAACAGCAGCAGCAGCAGCAGCAGCUACAGAUGCAGCACCAGCUGCCGCCACACCUCAUGGCUGACCAACAGAGACCUGCUGUGGGGAAGAGCCAUCAGUCGAUGCUGGGAGAGACCUCUCCAGCGGGGUCCCUCUCGCCUUCUGCUCCUUCACCAACUUCCUCGCAGCUCAUUGGAGCCACUGCUCAGAGCCCACUGUCUCCUGCACAAGCGCAACGCUCACCCGGCCCUGUGCGCAUGCCCUCGGCGCCCGUGAGCCCCCUGAUCCAGGUGUCUCGAGUGCGUCCCCCCAUUGACCCCAGUCGCCUGCCUCCGUCGUCUCCAGAUUCCUAUGGUCCUGCCCCCGCGCCCCCGCCUCCUCCACCACUGCCAGGGCAGUCGGGUGGACCAGAACGCUUCCUCCAGCCACUCAGACCCCCUGGAAUGGCCGCACCACCACAGCGAGGCCCACUUAUGCGCCAGCCCUCCCAGGACGAGGCAGCACCACCGCCUCCGCCACGAAGCACGCCUCCCCACACACCCUCGCCAACUGCCAGGGCCCCUCCUUCCAUGGACCCGUAUGCCCAGAUGCCGGGCACACCAAGACCCGCUCCGAUGUCCGAUGGAGGCUACCAUCCUGGAUAUGCGCGAUCACAAGCUGCAGCAGCAGCGGCAGCGGCAGCAUCGAGUGCUCCGAAGAUGACAAGGCCGGCAGCCACUUCUGAUCCCUAUGCUGUGCCGCCUGGAACGCCCAUGCCUCCGGCGUCUAUGUCUGAGCCACAGCAGCAGCAUCCGCAAUACUCCCCACAACAAGGUUACGGAGCAAGUCCACGAGCAGCUCCACAAGCCACACAUGCUUCCAUGGAAGUGCUCGCAAGUCCGCCACAGCCGCACACCCCCCUUCAGCAGCAGCAGCAACAACAGCAGCAGCAACAACAGCAACAACAACAGCAGCAACAGCAGCAGCAACAGCAACAGCAGCAGCAAUCAUCACAACAGCCACAGCGGUCACCACAACACCAGCCACAGCCAAUUCAGUCUCCCUCAACAUCGCAAGCCCCAGAGCCCUUUGGAGGCUCGGCUGAUCCUUACGCAAGGCCUGUGGCGACGCCGCGUGUGCCAUCCUCUCCGAGUGCGGGCACCCCUCCGAGUGCUGCUGGAGUACGGCCUGAGGAAAUGGUCAUUGGUGGGGAGCAGCAGGUGCUAGCCAGGCAGCAGCUUCGGGACUUGCUGCAGCGUCAGUUGAAGAAGGAACAGCACUCGGUUGCGCCACCACAGUCACCUCUGGGGCCUCCACAGCAGAAGCUCCCUCAGCAGUGGCCUCCGCCACAGCAAGCCAUGCAGCUGGGCAUGGCAUUGCAAGGGAACCGAAUAGCCAUGGGUGGACCUGGAGAACUGGGAUUUCGCACUCCGCUUCCCCCUGGAAGCAUGGCUUCCCGCAUGGCCUCUGUCGAGCAGCAACAGCAGCAAUUGCAGCAGCAACUGCAACUACAGCAGCAGCAGCAACAGCAGCAACAGAAGUCCCUGACCCCACAACAGCAGCAGUUGCAGUCACAGCAACAGCUGCAACAGCAGCAGCAACUGCAGUUGCAGCAACAGCAGCUGCAGCACAAGCAACUCCAACAGCAGCAGGCACAACAACCAGCUCAGCAACUCCAUCCUGGCCAGCAGGGCUUCCCGCACGGUGGCAUGCCAGCCGAGCCAAGAGACCUCCAACAGCAGCAGCAGCAGCAGCCACAGCAGCCAGGGGCCGUGCGGCCUCAGCUGAACGAUUUGCGACUCCGCAUGAUGAUGCAGCAUCGGCAGGAGGCAUUACGCCGUCAUCAGUGGUCAAAUCAGAUGCACCCGCACCAGCAGCAGCAGCAGCAGCAGCAACAACAGUUGCAGAGACUGCCACUAAAUCGCCUCGAGCAGUUUGACCCGCAGCGAGCGGCAGCCAUGCAGGCACAGCACUUGGGCAUUCCACCGCAGCACAUGCCAGGGCCAAGGUCAGCGAUGUUCAGGCCGCCAUCCUCCGGAUUUCCAGACGGUGCUCUGUUGUCCAAGGAAGGGAACCUUAUUCAGGGUGGCACCUUCCCUGCACAGGGCACUUCACAGCAACAGAGCAUGGUGGGCAACAUCAUGUCGGGAGAAGGCCAGCCUGGUCAGAGUGGCAUGUCCGAGCCACUGCAGCAGCCACCUCAACACCAGCAACAACAGCAGCAGCAACAGCAGCAGCAUCAGCAACCUGCCCGAGCUGGCGGUAUGAGUAGCGCUGAUGCUGCUUCGUCUGCUGCUGCUGGCGCCAGUGCUGGCUCGGAGACCCUGGAAUCUCAGCCGGCAAAGAAAAAGACUGCAGGGGACUUGGUGAAAGAAGUUGAGGCACAGGGCACUGAAGACCCAGAUGAUGGUGGCGGCGACAUGGAGGAUGAUUUGGAUGAUGACGAACUUCUGGGUCUUGGAAAUGACUUCAAUAUACUGGAGUAUGCUGAUCCGGAGCUGGAUCGAGCCUUUGUGGGAGAAGGAGAAAAAAGCAACAUCCUCGACGAGCACCUUGACUUGGAUGACAAAGAAGACGACCUGGACGAGGUUGGGCGCCAGGAAACGGACACAAAAGACGACGACACAGCCAUGUCUCAGGGAGGUAGCGGUGUCAAGCAGGAGCCUAUGGUCAAACAGGAAGAGCGUAAGAUGGAAGACCACAAACCAAGUAGUCUGGGCUUUUCGACGUUUUCGACAGAAGGCGGCGCUUCAAACCAACAGCAGCAACCUGCGCAACAACAGCAGCAAGAGCAGCAACAGCAGCAAGGGCAGUUGCAGCAUCAGCAGCAGCAGCAGCAGCAACUCAUGCAGCAGCAUCAGCAACAGCAACAGCAGAUGCCCAAAAUGGCCAUGUUUGAGAAUCGGCCGCCCAUGAACGUGGUGCCGACCGCUUCCUUCACGAUGGCGGGGCAGCACCCGGGCCUUCGCGGGAUGCGGCCGCCACCACCUUAUGCGGGUGGCACCGCCGCCAUGCCGGGCGUCCGCAUGAUGGCCCACUCUAUGCCGGGGGCUGCCAUGAGUCACUUGAGGGGUUCCUUGGCGGGCAUGCGUCCUCCGGUACCGGGCGUACCCAUUCCGGGGCCAGCCAUGGGCGGUGGUCUGAGCGGGCCAUCCGGCGAUCAUCGGCCCUUGUUGCUCCAGGAGCAGCCCUUGCUCCUCGAAGAUCUGGUCGAGCAGGAGAAGAGGGAGCAGCGAAAGCAGAGUGGAGAGGCUGCGACGGCAUCCCUGCUGAGUGAUGUGGACUUCGAGCGGCUCAAGGCCGACGUCCUCUCGGGCCCGCCCGAUGACAGCAUUGGAGCGCCAGCACCUGUCAUGCCCCAGGCGACCCUUCUGCCUGCCAUGCCGCAACAGCAUCCUGUGAACCCAGGCCAGCUUGUGGGCAAUCCCGGCCAGCGUUACCACCCGAUGCAGGGUGGCCCGGCGGGCUGGCCUGCCAGCGGCAUGGUGGCAGGUCCAGCUCAAGCAGGUGGACCACACCUGAUGCGCCAGCUGCCCGUGGGGCCAGGAGGGCCCAUGGUGUCUCCGGGCGGUACCAUGCACCUGGUGCGCACCGAGCAAGGUGCCAUCCGCGUGAUGGGGGGCCCUCCUCCCCACAGGCCACCAGAUCAGCUCGGACAUGUUGGCAGCCACGCCGGCGUGGCAGGUGGCGGAGGGGCCCUGGUAUCGCCAGGCGACGGAGGGCCGGCACCGGUGCCAUUCCAGAUCCAGACCCUGCCGGCGCCUCCUACGCCGUCACUGUGCAUUGGGCAGGACCCACCUUCGGGUGCGAUGGUUGCUGCCUACGAGCAGUGGCUGGCGCAGCAGGAUGCGCUGCUGUCCUCCCAAAAGAAGACUCUCGAGAGCGAAGUCGGCAAGCUGCGCAAGGCCAAAAAGGCCCUGAGCACCAAGCAACGGCAGCUGGCCAAGACUGGCCAGGAGCUGCCCCAACCAAACGCCCUCGAGCUGCAGCGCAUCGCCCAGCAGCAGCCCGGCAUGCAGAAGAACUUGGAUCAGCUGCGCAAGCUAUGUCGGCAGCACGGCAUGGUGAUGCAGGAGUACCGCGCCAAGCAGCAGAAGUGGCAGCAGCACAUGCAGCAGCAACAGAUGCAACAACAGCAGCAGCAGAUGCAGCAGCAGCAGCAAGGUGGCCAGCUUCUGCAGGGCGCCAUGAUGCCACAGGGCUCUCCCAUGCACCACAUGGGGGGUGGGCCCCCCAUGGCAUCCGGCUCUGGGCCCACCAUGGGGCCCAGCAUGUCUCCCAGCAUGUCACCGGCCAUGUCGCCCGUAAUGUCGUCUGCCAUGAGUCCCAUGGUGUCUGGCACCUCACACCAGCAUGCAGUAUCUGUGUCCACUGGGGCCGGGGGCAUGGCUUGCGGUCCCCCGCGUUCCCCCAUGCCACCGCCUUCUUCCCCAAUGGGAGGCCCCUCCCCAUCCCCAAGGAUGCAACAGCCACCAACGUCCCCCAUGGCCUCUCCCCUCCACCAGAUGUCGCCACAGUUGCCUUCACCUCGCACCCCAAGGCCACCCAAUGUCCACCCCAUGCCACAGGAUGAACCUGGUAUCUUGGGAGAUGGCUUUCAGCUGCGAGAAGGCAUGGACAAAGGCCCUCAGCAGCAGCAGCAACAGCAGCAGCAGCAGCAUCAGCAACAGAUAAUGUCAAGCAUUGUGCAGGGACUACUGACACAACAGUCACCACUUCACGAAGGGGAUCUCGAUGACUUCCAACACCAGCAGUCACAGCAGCAACAGCACCAUCAGCAGCAGCAUUUGCAACAGCAACACCUGCAACAGCAGCAGCAACAGCACCUGCAACAACAGCAGCAGCAGCAGCAGCAGCAGCAGCUGCAGCAACAGCAGCAUCAACAACAGCAGCAGCAGCAGCAGCAAAUGCAGCAGCAACAACAGAUGCAACAGCAGCAGCAGCAGCAAAUGCAGCAGCAGCAACAAAUGCAACAACAGCAGCAGCAAAUGCAGCAGCAGCAGCAGCAGAUGCAACCACAGCAGCAGCAACAGCAGAUGCAACAACAGCAGCAGCAGCAGCAAAUGCAGCAACAGAUGCAGCAGCAAAUGCAGCAGCAUCAACAAAUGCAGCAGAUGCUGAUGAAGCGAGAGGACGGUUCUGCAGGCCCUCCGGUCAGUCAUGGUGUGCGCAUGGUCCCCCACAUGGGAGCCAGGCCUCCCUUCCCGCAGCACGAAGGCCAGCAGGUCGUGCUGCAUCCACGCUUUCCCGGAAACCUGCCAAUACCUCGCUACCUCAGCCGCCAAGGUGGGGAUCCAGUCAGCCAGCAUCCGCCAGGCCACCCUUACCUGCAGCGUACAGGAGGCGUUCAUCCCAUGAUGAGGCCUCCUCCUCCGUAUCCAGACCACCUUCGAAAGCCGCCACCUUCGCCAGCCAUUUCACCGAGCCACGGUGGCAUACAGCCUGAAAGCAGCGGAAGUCCAGAUCCAUCACGCACGCCCCCAUCACUGUCACGUCCCAGCUCACAGCCAGCGCUUCAAUCGCCGGACCCACGGUCAUCACCUAUGGAGCGCCAUUUCUCACCUGGGACACCGUCCAGCUCGUCCAGCCUGCCUCAGCGCUCUCCAGCAGUGCCGGCACAAGGGCAAGACGAUGGAAGAGGCGAUGGCGAACGGUCUGCCGAAAGCCUGUCCGACCUGCUAUCGAGAGUUUCUAAGACUCCCUCAGAGUCUCCGAGCCCACGGACUGACGAAGGGCGCCCUUCCAUCGGCGAGCCAUCACCAGGAAGAGGGUGCGUCUCGCAGGACAAUAGUGGACAGACCCCACCACUGUCCAAACAGGAAAGCAUUCUUCAGUACCUUCGAGCUGGCUCUGUGGGCAGCCCAGCGAGCAACUCUAAUUCAUCUCGUGGCAGUGUCGAUAGCUUUGGUGGAAUGAGUGGGGCCCAGCCCAUGUCCAAUGCUCCGGACACCACUCCACGGUCAUCUGAGAGCCCGCAGUAUGUGGCCACAUCUGUAUACCAGGGUGUGGUGGCAUCGCCCGUCGGGAGCCCCGUCUCGUCUACAUUUGCUGGUCAGGGGCAAACGAUGACACUGACGGACACCUUUGCUUCAGAUAGCAGCGACGGCAGUUCACCAAUGCAGGUUCGGACACAAAUGGUUCGUGUGAGCCAAGGUAUGAUGAGCCUGCCAACCUCGUCAGCGAGCUUUACACGGAACACUGGGAUGCAGCAACAGCAGUUGCAGCAGCAACAGCAACCCCGGAUGCAGUACAUUCAGCAUUUGCGGCAACAACAGCAACAGCAGCAGCAACAGCAGCAACAACAGCAGCAGCCACAGCAGCAACAGCACAUUAUGCUUCAGCAAAGCCAAUAUGUACCACAACAAGGCAUGCUAGUUCGACGCAUUGUGCAAGGCCAACGGCCCGCGGGGCCUGGCUCCUUCGCAGACAGCCAGUUUGCUGCACGUGCGCAGAUGUUCAGGGGUGCUGCUCCAGGAAACAAUGCAGUGCGCGCAUUCGCAGUGCGCCCAGGUGCCGGUGGGAACAAUCCUGGGGGCAAUGGUGGAGGACUGCCGGGUGGGAGCCCCCACACAGUAGGAGGAGGUCGGGGCCCAACACCUGCGAGCCCACCCAAGAAUUCCUCGUCAUCGGGCGACGAGGGAGACGGGGGCACUUCAUCCUCAACACCAUCCUUGCUACACCGUGCGGGGGAAAGUGGUAGCAGCUCGUUUGGGGGCAGCACAUUCCAUGUGGGACCGUCGUCGACUGUGACGUCGUACGGGGCCGAGCAUUUGCCUACCAGCGUGUUCGUGUCGCUCGACUACCCUUCCUCAACCAUCACGAGCCCCGAUGGCUGUGUCUCCUCGGAGGUCCUGCUCAGCUUGGGUGAUGGCUCUCCCGAUGUGGCAGCGUUGGCAGCGUCUGAGGACGAAGACGCCUCAGUGGAACAAUCGCGAGUUGCCCUUGUGGUGGUUGGUGAAGAAGGCGAGGAGGACGGCGCUGAAGACCACGGCAUUGCCCAACAGGAAGAGCCCCUGGAUGUUGCUGUCGUCGUGGAGACGGUGGGGACUCUUCCGACUCCGGAGUGUGAAGCCAGGGAGGACGGCUCUAGCCCCAGUGGCUCUGAAGGGGGCAUUGACUUGGCCUUAUCAGGAUGUGGUGACCUGCACCAUCGCAGCACACCCGCAGGUGACCACAACUAUUCCAACCUGCCUCCGGAGGGUGCAGACAGUGAACUUGCCAAGAAGGUUUCUGAGGAAGCGCACUUCUUCGACCACAUGAACAUGGGGAUGGAUGUAAAGAUUGAAGACCAUAUAAUCAGAAUUGCAGAUGAAAAGCCUUGCAUUGAAAAACUUAUAAAUGAAAGGACCACGCCACCACAGGUGGUGAAAACGCCAUCUCCACCCCUUGCGCCAGUCUCCACCAGUGCCAUGUCUUUCCCAGCAUCGGUGACGCAUACGUUAAACUUCACUUUGCGACAGACGGGGAUGCCUCAGACAGUGCGGCUACCUCAUGAUGAAGGACAGCUUGUGGUGCUUCCUGCAAAGACGGUGGUGCCCGUGGUUCCUCAGCUCUCACCGUCUCCCCCACUGGUCAGCUGCGAACCCUUGGCCGUAAAGACGGAGCCAAUGCCACCCGCAGGUGCUACCACACCCCCUCUGGUUCUGCGCAUGCACCCAGUGCCCCCGACACCACCGCCGUCGGUGAGCAGCGCCGUGUGCACACCACACAGCGCGCCCCUGCGCUGGUCCCGAAGCUCAGAAGUGGUGGCCGUCAAGGAAGAAGUGCUAACCGUGGUGCCCCCUUCCAUGCCACCCACCCCGCCACCACCCACAACUGUCGUGAUCAAGCAGGAAGCAAGGACAACACCGUCGCCCUGCCUUGCUAUUUGCCAGAAGCAGGAGUCUGAUGACGAGAAUGCCGAAGAGGUCGCUCCUCCGGAAGAGGAGGAAGAGAGCGCGGGGCAGCCAGCCAGCGCGGCUGAGACGACUGAAGCGGUGGCGAGCCACGAGGAGAGUAACGUUUCUUGCGAUGAUGUCCCUCCUCCUCCCCCUCCUCCCGAACAGACACUGAAUCCUCCUCUCGCUGGUACCCCUCCUGCCGCCACGCCCGUGGCAAGCCCCCUUGUCGCGGCACCUGCCGCCGACAGCACCGUGUUGCCUGCCAGCCCAACUACCGGCCCUGCAGUGGCAGCGACUACGACGAUGCCUGUGGUGACCAUCAAAGUGGAGCCUGGCACGACGGCCACCUCGGAUUUAGAUGCACCGCCACCACCACCACCACCGGCUGCUGCUGGAGAGGAAAGCCCUGUUGUGAAAGCGUGCGAGGGUUCUGUUGAAGAGCCUGAGGGGUCCACCGGAGGCAAGCAGAAUGUGCUCCUCAAGCAGCUGCUGCAGAACUGUCCCUCAGCUGAAACCCACAAGCCACUGGCCGGAGACCUCCCUGAGAUCACUCCCAGUAGCCAGCCGGGGUGCAGGAAAUCGGAGAAUGGCCCUUCGGAGGCCGUCAUGCAAGCUGCGCAACAGCCAGUUUUGUCGCGCCCCUCGAGUCCACCAAAUGAGCAGAGCUCUGCGUCAUCCGAUCAAGCCACGACACCGGCUCUGGCAGAGACGGCGGAGAAUGCCGAAGCGACAACACCGGCCACAACAGCGUCUGCAUCAGAAACGCAGCCCUCGCAACCAGCAGUGUCGGUGGCCACCGGCCAAGCCCCAGGUGGAACGACGGCGACGACUCCUUCAGAAGGUGGCGACAAACCCGAGGAAACCAAAGUUCGCAAGCUUUCAUAUUUGGACAUCCGGCGGGCCCAGCUGGAGCGCGAGCCUACGCCCCCUCCGCCAUCAGCUGAGGACCUGGCUUUGCGGCGUCAGCAGCAGCGCAAACGGCCCAAGAAGCCGCGGCCACCCCCGUUGGCCCCCUCCGGUUCGGAGGCUGCGGGGGCAGGCCCCGACGGGCCCCGCCCACCCUCUCACGGAGGAGGCGGGACCGCCAGGGCCAAGCGGCCGCGCAAGGGUUCACGUGCCGACGAGGACUACGAGGUCUACCUGGAGGCCCUGAUGCAACGACUCCGAGCCCUGCCGCCCGUGCGCAUCAUCGAGCCGCACAUCCGGCCCAACUACAACAUCGGUGCCGUCUUCGGGCGCGGGGACCUCAACCUUCGUGAGCCUGUGCUGAAGGGCAGCUACGGCCGAGCAUUCCUGCCGGGCCAGCCGGACCCGUACUCUGUCUUGCCCUUUGGUGACCGGCCCCCUCCUCCCUCGGCUCCUUCCUCUGCCGUCACACCCUCCCCGACCCCGCUCAGGGGCUUCUACAACCAGGAGUUCUCCAUGCAUACCAGAGUAACUUCCGGUGGCGCGGACUCCAAUAGGUGCCGUGAGGCAGACAGUCCCGACACAAUCGUGGGCGCCUCGUCUCCAGAGUGUGCCAUGUUCGAGGCUCCCUUCCGGUUCCGCAGCCUGCAACUCGUCGACGAGGAUAGCAACGACUCUGCCAGAUCCCUUCCUUCGCCCACGGUGCCCAUUGUCGCGCCCAUUCCUGUAAAAGCCGUACCUCCUCCGCAACCACCUCCUGCUCCCUUGAAGAUCCUGUUGGAUGAGAAGGACAAGGAGAACACCUUCCCUGGCGACAAGCUGGGUCUCUGUCGCGGCCGGGGGUUGCCCGGGGCAUUUGGCGGCGGGCCCCCUCCUGUCCCCCUGCGCGAGUCCGGCAACGUGUCGGUGACACUGACACUCACUUCGGAGGCGGCCGGCGACAUCCAGGGGCUGCUCUGCUCGCUCGCCAAGCUGCUACAGGUGGAGCCACCAUCGUCCUACGACAUCAUAGAGCGCACCACCACGCCGCCCAGCCAGAAGCUGGGGCUCUACAAGCACAAUCACAAGCAUGUGACGUCAGUGGAGGAAGCGGAGUACUUGGUGGACGGGAAGCAGCGGUUUUGCCGGCAUUGUGAGAUCAUGGUCUCUAAGACUGGUAUGGUCAAGAAGCAGGCAUCAGAACUUAAUCUUGAGUCAGGAGUGCCCAAGGAGGACGGGGACGAAGAGGCUGUUUAUUUUUGCUCCAGCAAUUGCUACAUGCAGUUCGCCCUUGCGCACCGAACCCCUUCAUCGGCUGCAGCUCCCCAGCGAAAGGAGGGCACUGUGGUGUGCCACGCUGCUAAGGACGAGCACGGCGGCUUUCGGGGCGAGUGUUGCAAGGAACGCCUAACGAACAAGAUGGAAGAAGAUGAGGAGCCCUGCAUCAAACAGGAAGAGGACGACAGGGCCAUCACGCCUCAGGAGGAGACCCGGGCAAGCGUCGAAGACAACUCUGAGAGCCGCUUGCUCGCCGACGAGGAGGACAGCCAAGCGAGCAUGGACUCCACCCACAGGAAGAGGGCAGCACGGCACUCGAUCAGCAAGGAACAGGAACCUAUGGUAAAGAAGUGGAAAGAUGUCCGAUGGAAGCUGUGGUCUGGAGACUUGGUAGGCGCUACAAAGUACGAACCUCCAUCGGAAGAAGAAGUUGGUCAGCUGUUGGAUGCUCAGGACAUAUUCCUAAAGCCCGAGAAUCCUGUAGAAGACACAAGGCAGUGCAUCCUGUGCCAUGACAUCGGGGACGGCGAGACCAACGGCCCUGCCAGGCUGCUGAACCUAGAUGUGGACCUGUGGGUGCACCUGAAUUGCGCCCUGUGGUCGCAGGAAGUGUACGAGACAUGCGACGGAGCCCUUAUGAACGUGGCCACUGCCUGCCGCCGGGCACUGCUUGUCAACUGCAGUCGAUGCCAUCGCACAGGUGCUUCACUGCACUGCUUCCGAAUCCGCUGUCCCGCUGCCUUUCACUUUGCCUGUGCCAGCCUCGAAGGAUGUUCCUUCUACAAGGACAAGACCAUCCUCUGUCCUCAGCACACUCCUCGCGUCCCGAACAUUGAGAAUGUUCUCGAGUCGGUGGCUGUUUUUCGCAGGGUGUACAUAAGCCGCGAUGAGCACAAGCAAGUUGCAAGCAUGUUUCACAAGGGGGAGCAGAAUCUCCUGCGAGUGGGCAGCCUCAUUUUCCUGAGCAUCGGACAGCUAUUGCCGCACCAGUUGCAGAACUUCCACACACAGAACUGCAUAUACCCCGUUGGGUACAAGGUGGUGCGCAUCUAUUGGAGCAUGCACAAGCUGGGUGCACGGAGCCGCUACACGUGCAGCAUUCACGAUGUGGACGGCCAGCCACAGUUCCAGGUACGAGUGUCGUACAAAGGCCAGGAGAAGGUUCUCACUCAUCGCACACCCAAGGGUGUGUGGCAGAAAGUUCUCCAGCCUAUCGAGAGCUUCCGCAGGGAGACCCAGGCCAUCAAGGUCUUCUCUAACUUCAUCACAGGAGAAGACCUCUUUGGGCUGACAGAACCCGCGAUUGUGAGGAUCACUGAAUCGCUUCCAGGUGUGGAGACCCUGAGUGACUACAACUUCCGGUAUGGGCGAUCACCGCUGCUGGAGCUUCCGCUGGCCAUCAACCCGACCGGUUGUGCACGGUCAGAACCAAAGCUGCGCACCCAUUUCAAGAGGCCCCACACGAUGCACACGAGCAACACGCUGCGGCCCUCGCUGCAGACCCUCGGCGCUGGUGGUGGCGGUGGCGGCAGCUGUCUGGAGGCCAGCUCCCCUUACACCAAGCACUUUGUGCACUCCAAGUCGUCCCAGUACCGGCGCAUGAAGACCGAGUGGCGCAACAAUGUGUACCUGGCACGCUCGGGCAUCCAGGGCCUGGGCCUGUACGCUGCCCGCGAUAUCGAAUGCCAUACCAUGAUCAUCGAGUACAUCGGCCAGCUCAUCCGUAACGAGAUUGCCGAGCGCAACGAAGCCAUCUACGAGGCACAGAAUCGUGGUGUGUACAUGUUCCGGCUGGAUGAAAAUCGUGUGAUUGACGCAACCUUGUCUGGUGGCCUGGCACGCUACAUAAACCACUCGUGCAGUCCUAACUGUGUGGCUGAGCUCGUGCAGAUCGACCGUGAGAACAAAAUCCUCAUCAUUGCCAAUCGCCGCAUCACGCGGGGUGAAGAGCUUACCUACGAUUACAAGUUUGACUACGAAGACGACGGGCACAAGAUCCCUUGCCUCUGCAGUGCUUCGAACUGUCGCAAAUGGAUGAACUAAUUGCGAAGACUUUGUGGAUAGGGUGUUUUUCACUCGUGAUUUCACAUCCACAGACUGUUUUUACUUGCAGUGUAAACCUCCUCUUGUUUGUUAGUCUGUGCAUGGCAGUUCAUCGCCAUUGCUGUGGGCAUUGGACAUUUGUAUAUGUUGUUUAUCUUUUUGUGUACAGUCUUCUUUUUUGUUAUUGUUAUCUGCCGCUUAGGCUGCCUUUCUGUUAUUUACACUUAAGUUGACGCUACUAUGAUGCAUGUAUGCCUUCAAAAUCGUUAAUAGACAUCUCUUUAUUUUUUUUUCUCUCUCUCUCUCUCCAUUUUACUUUUUUUUUUUCUAGCAUCCAUGUAAAUUUUAUAAAUAGCAACCCGCACCCAUCUUACUAAAUCACAGUGCUCCCAUUGACAGUGUAAAAGUGUACAACAUUACUCUGUGUGUUGUUGUAUUUUGCGCCUCCUUGACAUGAAUUGUGUACUAUAAAGACCUGUCAAGGAAUAUGUAGUGCAAUAUAUGUUUAUAAAAUGAAUUCUUGGAUGUA